AUGGUGGUCUCCGAUCUCUCAUCUAUCCAUGUCCCAAGCAAGAGCGCGCUCAUGAGAGACGACGCUCCCUGCGAUUGCGCUGGCUGUACAAGAGAAGGAGAGACGCCUGGUGGCCUUGUGGCGAAGGCUCUAGAGGUGAACGGCUUUCCGAAAGACCUGAUGCCUGCUCAUCACAUACAGCAUUGUUACGGCAAUGCGACUGGCCCCUUCCGUAUAUACCUGGACCAAGUUGUUGAGAAGGAAAUUUGCGGAUAUCCCAUUCGCUUUGAAACCGAAAUUAGCGGGACCAUUGAAAACGGCUGGAUUCGAAAGCUGCAGGGUAUUCGUGUAAGGCCUAUGAUCACGUGGAAGGCAGUAGAUACGCUACAGACAGGGGCGUCCUGCUACGGAAGAGUAUAUUUCUACGUUGGGUAUUUAUACAGGAGCUUUUUAGCUACUGAAUUCGAUGGUAUCUGGUCUGUGGAUGUUGAGGAGGAGAAUGGGGUCGAGGGAUGCAACGAUGAGGACGAGAAGCUGACAUUGCAAGGGUGA